AUGGCUAAAUCAACAGGAUGGGACCCUGUUCUUCUAAUAUCUCAGAUAGUUACUAUGCAAACUCUACAUUACUUGACAAUGGCCCUUUUGGUCCCACCGCUCCUCAUAAUAUUCGCAGACUCAAGGGUUUUGGAUUAUGACGGCGGUGCAGCAAAUGUUGGGAUGAUUAUGGACUGGCGUGAACUGGCCGGAAGGCCGACGUCGCGGGCGUCGCAGAGCACAUGGGGUGCUUGGAAUACAGUAUGGAGUGGUGGCAAACAGCUAGGGUCGGCCGAAGCAAGUGAUAGACCACGAUUUGGACACACAGAUCCAAUGCGUGGGUGGAUUAUUGCCGCAUGCUGGGUGGCUGCGUCAACGGCGGACAUAUACUAUCUGUACACACUCAUUAGGCGACCACGCCUCAUUCUUGAUUUCUCAGUGACGCUUCUGUUCAGCCAUCUCGUGCUCACGACGUAUUACUCCAACACAUUUCCCACCUCUCUCUUCUUCUGGGGGGUCAUGGCUGCCAGUACCGCCCUGAUGAUAGUGGUCGCCGAGCAGAUGUGUGUCAAGAGAGAGAUGACCGAAGGGCUCGCUGUUGUCACCGCAAAUGACGGAGAUGAGAUGGAGAUGGGAACUUUAUUACGGCGAGACUAG